CAACCAUGGCAAUGGCUUUCAAGAUGGCUACAACUGGGAUGUGGGUGACUGAUGAAUGCAAGAACUCAUUCAUGGAGAUGAAAUGGAAGAAAGUUCACAGGUACAUAGUUUUCAAAAUUGAUGAGGGAUCGAGGCUGGUGACCGUUGACAAAGUUGGUGGGCCAGCGGAAAACUACGAUGAUCUGGCGGCCUCCUUGCCCAAAGAUGAUUGCAGAUAUGCAGUCUUUGAUUUUGAUUUUGUCACUGUUGAUAACUGCAGGAAGAGCAAACUCUUCUUCAUUGCUUGGUCACCAAGUGAAUCAAGGAUUAGGGCAAAAAUACUAUAUGCAACCUCCAAAGCUGGGCUGAGGAGAGUUUUAGAUGGCAUCAGCUAUGAACUUCAGGCGACCGAUCCGACCGAGAUGGGGAUGGAUGUGAUCAAGGACAGGGCUAAAUAAGUGUGAUUAGAGCAGCUUAAUCAUGUUCUGGAAUCUUACUUUAAAUUAAUAACUCCAGCCACAUGGGUUUUCUUUCUUGUUUCUUCUUGGUGGAAUCUUCAUUGUUCCCCUUCUCUUAAUUAGAUUUUUGGCACUAAUGUAAGUUAUUCAUCUAAUUUGUAAUAAUAAUUGUGUGCUAAUUAACGAGGAAUCUCUCUCUUCAUGUAAGAUCUUAAACCCUAACCUUCAAAUGAAUGUUGGAAUGUGCCUCUCUUAGUGCUUUGA